GGAGUUCUGGAAUCUGCCUUUCCUUUGUUAUAUUCUUGUUUACCCUUCAGAAAUGAUAUUUCAGGAGACUACACAGAGCACCAACCCGCUCACAAGACAAUAACCGCACACCCUCAGGCCCAUAGCAGGUUCCAAGUGGGAUUUGAAUAGGGCAAGGUAGGUACGUAGUGCUAGAAAAAGGAAUCGCCGAUGAAAACAGGAUUGCAGUGGCCUGAAUUUUACCCUGGACCCACCCACCUAUCAGUCAGGUGUGGACCCGAUCCCCCCGUCAGCUGGCGGACAAGAGCAGACCAGAGGGAACCGUGUUACUGGGGAAGAGCUCGGUUUCUCUAUAGAGAGCUUGAGAACAAGAGUAAAGUUUCAUUAGUUUGCCUUCUCAGUGUGAAUGAACAUUUUUAGGACUUUACUAAUUUCGUGGUCGAUGUGGGUUCACUUUGGACCCGCUCCCUUGUCUUUUCUAACCGCCUGUGUUUCCGAAGGCAGCAAUCCUUUCGGUGAGAAAAACCACCUCUACAGGGUCAGCUGGUUUAUUUCUUCUGAAUUGUAGCAGGCUUGUUUACAUUUUUUAAACCAUUCCUGAGCUCAGCUGCAGAUCUCUCCAGGUAUGCAGGAUCAUGAUUUCUUUCAGCAACUGCGUUCUGUUGCCUGGCUGUUGUAAUAGCUAAAUGUUUUCUUGAGGUUUUUCAUCUCAUUUUCUCGCCAUUUAAGCUGUUACUUUUCUAUUGCCUCCGGCUGGGAAUUGGCGUGUGUUCUUCCAUUUCCACUUCUCUGGGGAUAUGCAGGAGUGAAACGUACACUUAGUAGGAUGAGCUUUGGUCUGAGAACCAGAGCUGAGUUUAACGUAGCUCUUCCUUCAUUGCCUGCCUUUGUCGACCAUGGCCAUGUUGCUUCUGCCUCAGUUUCUCCAGCUAUAGAAGGUGGACUCACCUACCUCACAGGGGUGUUAUGAGGAAUAACAGAUGUUUGUAAAGUGCUUUGAAAAUGUAAAGUGCUGUGGAAAUGCUAAGUAGCAGUGAGUUUAGAAACUAAAAAUACAAAAUGCUGACUAUUUCUGGUAAGCUGCUGUGCUACAGUUGGUGUUAUUUUGGGAUGGUUUGUCAGUUUUCAUUGUCUUGGGCAAAGGGGUUGGCAGGCUCAGCUUCUUGGGCUCGAGGACUCAAUUCACACCUGUAGUAUUAGAUAAGACUUCACUGAUGGAUUCCCCUCACUCUGACAGAGGAUCAAAAUGCCCCGCUGUGCUUAUAUAAUAUUGUGUCAUUCCAGGCAAGGUUACGACCCUAUUCAGGUGCUGUAUUAUAUAAAUAUGUUCACCCACAGAGUAGUCUGUAAUUUAGAUUUGCACAGUUUUAUAUUACACAUUAUAACAGGAGAGCCCGUUUAAUUCUCAAGUAGGAAACAUCUUGAUGACCUGUGGUUAAUCAAAGGCUCAGUUAACUGGGUUUUCCCUGUUGUGUCCUGCUUGGAAACUGUUGGAAGUGAGGGGUAGAGGAGGAAGACAUAAUGGCAAUCAAGAAGAUUAUCCUGUAUAGACUGCAGAAAGGCAGAACAGAAGACUUGCGUCAAUUAACAAAAAUUCAGGUAUUUCUCCGGGGCUUACCAUGUGCCAGGCAAUGUACUAAACACUGGAGAAGAUACAAGCUAACCAGUUCUGAAGAUGAAGUGGAUGUGCUGCUGCAUGGGACUCCCGACCAAAAGCGCAAAUUGAUCAGAGAAUGUCUUACGGGGGAAAGCGAAUCGUCCAGUGAAGAUGAAUUCGAAAAGGAAAUGGAAGCCGAAUUAAAUUCCACCAUAAAAACUAUGGAGGGCAAGUUGUCCCCUCCAGAAACGGUUUCUUCUUCUGGAACUGGAAUAACGGAUGCCGGUCCUUCAAAAUACUAUGAUGAUAUUUACUUUGAUUCUGAUUCUGAGGAGGAAGAGCAACCAGAAUCACCUAAAAAGAAAAGGAAGCGGCAGCAUCGGGUCCUUACAAACGAUGAACUACUGUACGAUCCAGAAAAAGACAACAAAGACCAGGCUUGGGUGGACGCACAGAGAAGGGGAUACCACGGUCUCAGAGCGCAGCGAUCACGCAGGCAGCCAGUUGUUCCCACCAGUGAUGCCAUCUUGAAUUGCCCGGCUUGCAUGACCACACUGUGCCUCGACUGUCAGAGGCAUGAAUCCUACAAAACUCAGUACCGAGCAAUGUUUGUGAUGAAUUGUUCGGUUAACAAAGAGGAAAUUCUCAGGUACAGAGGGCCAGUGAACCGAAAAAGAAGGAGGGGACGCAAUAAGAACGAGUCCAGCAAUCAGACUGCUACAGAACAGCAGGAGGGCAUGGAGGAAGAAAUCUAUCACCCGGUAAAAUGUACCGAAUGUUCCACCGAAGUGGCAGUUUUUGAUAAAGAUGAAGUCUUCCACUUCUUUAAUGUUUUAGCCAGCCACUGCUAACGGCAGUGUUGUCAUUCUGUGUACCUGUACUGCUGUGUAUGAAUUUCAGAUAUGGACACUAUUAUUCUCUAAGGUGCCAGUUGGCACUACCAUUGUCAUGUGGAGGAAUGAUUUUUCAAUCUUUAUGAAUGUGACCUAUGGUGAUAACCAUCAGGCAUCUUGAUGAUGGACUGUUUGGAAAUCACGGGGCUGUCAAAUCUGAAUUCUGCAAUGAUUUGACACCUAUUGGUCGUGCUGUUUAGAAUAAAACUUUCCUCAGCUUCAGCCGUC